UCUGAACUGGUUCAACCAUUUGUGCGUCUCACCGAUCUAUCUGUACCGCGAGGUACAAACCGACUGCCAUCAAUUUCGCAUCAGAAACCUCUACCGUAACGCAGCCAUUCUGACAACGCUAACCGUAACAAGCAGUGUAUCGGCCUGUUUGCUCGUGUUUAGCGAUGUCUCUUCGAUGCUAUCUAGUGUCAUGGGCAUCAUCACGCUGAUCCUGUACGCGGAACGUCUAGUUGUAGGAAUACCGAUCGUUAUCUGGGCCCUGGCGCACAGCCGAGCCCUGGUGGACAUUUCCAACCGUGCGCUACACAUCGAACGCCAACUGUCAUUUGAUAAAUCGAUCAAAGUGAGCGUGCGUCUAGUGACACAAGUUCAACUUUUUUUCGCUUUUUUGACAUUUUUUUUCAACUUUGCUUUUCAAAUCUACUACAUGAUUAUUAUACCGAUUUAUCGAGACCUACUUCACGCCGUUGUUCUGUUCGCGUUUAUGCUGCUUGAAAGCGUCAUACUAGUCCAUCUAACGUACACACAGUACUGGCCAGUGUUCCUCAGCAAUAGAUACGUAAAACUUACCAAACUAAUCAACGCUAGGGAUCGGAACAUCCUGGACAGGGUCAUUGCGCUCGGUAGUGUGCUGCAACGAUUGAAACAACAAUGCGCAUCCGUUUUCGGAUUGAUUCAGUUUUUCCAUUUGUUGAACAUUUUUGUGACGUGCUCCGUAGAGUGGUACAUUGUGCUGUAUGUCGUCGAUGUGGGGAUGCCAUUCUAUGGUGUGGCCUUUAAAUUUUACACCACCAUUGCGUACGGGACCUCAUUUUUAAUUUACACAUACGCUCACGAUCGGAUAAACCAGAAGGUAAGUGUACCCGGAACGCGCUAGGAAUCCUUGGUGUCCUUUUAAUUGUUAUUGUACCAUCAGGUGCUCAACAUCCUGAGCCAUUGCCAGAGUCCUCGUGCUGUUGGUGCAUUAUUAACAGCCUAUUAAAUAUUAACGCGUGGUACGCCUUCGUUUUGCUGCGAUACCGCAGUUCGAAGCGCCCUCUUUAGUCACGAUCAAAUCUACCUCUGGUAAGGCAGUAGUAUGGAGGAGCUGCAGUUCUUUAACGUUUUCAAUCACUGUUUCGUGUCGCCCAUUUAUCUGGGCUUCGAUCCUCAGAUCGGACGUUACGUAUUUCGCUCCAGAAAUGACCGUUGGAAUGUAACGCUGCUAACGGCGAUCGUGACGAGUGCUUCGUUCUCUUCCGUCACACUGUUGAUGGAACUUUUACAAAAUCAGCUAGGAAGCGUAUUGGGAGCAACCACGAUCAUACUGUACGCGAUGCGGCUGUUGGUGAUAGCACCACUAACCCUGUGGACUUUGUUUAAAAAACGCAAGCUAAUGAGCGCUUGUAACUUUGCCUUGAACAUCGUUCAGGACCAGCAAGGGUGGCUCAGUCAACAGACAGGCCGUAGGCGAAAAUCGUUACGAAUGCCUACGGGUCAGAUCGCUACUAUCGCCGUUACACUUUUCCUGGGACUAGCCGUUCAAGCGAUGGAAAUGUGGAAAAUUGAGCGGCUAAGAAAGUUUCAUUACGCUUUCAACAUAUGUGCAUUUGUUUUCCUGGAAUUUAUCACUCUAAUGCAUGUUAUGCUUGUGCAAUGCUGGACUCGCUUUACUAGCCAGCGUAUCGAAGAUCUGCUGUGGGUUGUAAAGCGUAACGCAUCCUCAGAACUUCUCCCGAUGGUGAUUUGCCUAUGGGAAGCUUUGCAACGCUUCAAGCAGCACAUCGCAUCCAGUUUCGGCAUUAUGAAUGUUCUUCAUGCGUUGGAUGCAUUUGUGACGAGUGUCGUUGAAACCUACACCGUCAUCUAUAUCCUUGAACUGGGCUACGGUAUACAGGCAGCAUUCCUCAACUUAACAACACUGAUUCUGUACACCGGAAUGUAUUACACAUUUGCCUCUGCUCACGAGCUUCUUCAGUUUAAGGAAGCAGAACUUAAGGAUGCCUUAAAAUCAAUGCAAUACAGACAGCUACAGAAACAAACCAGAGACCAAAAGGACUUUUACGAUCUGGUCAAUCUGAAGCUAAUGAUGGCAUCACCGAAGAUAACUGCCUGUGGACUUUUUGAAAUCAAUUUACAAAUCUUCUACAACGUACGGCAUUCGCACAAUCGUCAAUGUACUGUUAGUGCUUUCAAAAAAAGCUUUUUCUCUCUUUCUCUUGACAGGUGUUUGCCGCCAUCAUAACGUACAUCGUCAUUUUAUUCCAGUUUCGAGGGUUUGAGAAAACACCGUGAGGAUAGCAACGUGGUAGAACAGCACCUGCAGGCAAUAGAUAAUAAAAUUAAUCAAUCCACUUCCAUGCUGUUAAGAAUUCGGUCGGUUAAUGUGAUAUAUCACACACGUAAGUUUUUGCUUUAAAAAUGAACGAUUAACACUUGAAAGAAAUAACCCAAAAAGACCAGCGUUUACCUUUGCUCACGUUUACUUUUCCUCGGGGUUUGUUCCCUUUGCCGACAUACAUAUACUACUUGUUCCUCAGAUCGUUUCCUUUGCAAGAAUUUGCAGUUCGGGGAUUGCCGACGGCAUGAUCUUCCACUGUCCCGCACAUCCCUUUUUGUUCUAACCCUUGCCCGCACAUACACUUUUCCUUUAAAAUAUAUCAAUCUAUGCACACCGGUACCAAUUGUCUAGUUUUCCAUUCUAGCUUUCAAUAUCAUUUUGUUCGCCGUUGACCCUAUUAUAUGAACAUACUUUAUGCUACACUAACAAGAAAUAGAGGUUUUCCUUUAUUAUCUAGCUACAUUAACGGUUAGUUAAAUUUCUUUCUUUUAUGUAAGUUUGAUCUUCCACGUGUCAGCACAACGACCGCUUUUGCCCUGCGCAGUAAGAAGAUCCUAGUUGUGUCGUAUUGCUCCCAAAAAUGAAUCAGAUUUUAUAACACGAAAAAGGGAUACUCGAUCGAUAGGUUUGGUGCUACGGAAUGCCCUACCGAUAAUGGUCAUUAGACGAGCGGGGAAAAGUGUACCGGAUAAAGUGUUCGAUUAUCCCUCCACCGUGUCUCCACUGGGGUUCGCCGGUUGCAACUGCACGCGCGCCGAACGGAUAGCAGAUUUUAAAUAUAUACGUUUUGCGCUAGAAUUCGAAAUACUACGAAACGUUGGAAGAUGUUAGUUUCUCCUACCAUGCUACCAUACCGCACGUUUUGAUUUAAACUUCCUGCAGCUAUACAAUUUGUUUUGAAGGACGACCUAACGCGCUCAUUUGUAGAAUUUUUAGAUUGUACUCAGUUCUCGCUGGAAAGAAGGAAAUGGAAUAGAAAACUUGGAAACCUAUUCUGCUUAUCUACAUGUAUAUAUAUAUACCAUUUGACCACACACUGCUACCCACUUCCGCUUCAAUAACAAGCUACAGAAACGGUGCAUUUAAUACGGCACACGGUCUAUAAAAUUGCACGUGAAAGAACAGUGGAUCCGAAGGAUGUGGAUAACUAACGUUUAGUGGGGUUUCUAUUACUUGCUGCCACUGGUGCGCAUCUGAAUACAGAGGGACCAUUUGCUAACUGUUGUAGUUUCAAUUUAAAAAAAAACGACAGCAUUCAAAACAAAAUCAUCACAAACGAAAGUACAAAACAAAACAUAGUUUUUCUUCUAAAAAGCAAAUCAAACUAGAGGAAAACAGUCAGCUAACCGGUAAAGAGGGGUAUAGUUAGGCCAGGAGAUUGAAGCAACAAUGCUAGGCCAAAUACAAUUCCGUCGUGCUAGCGCGAGCUCCUAAACCAACUUCAAC